GACGACUCUAGAGUGGAGUCUGCCGACGAUUACGAUGAGAAGUGGUCAGAAAAUUAUCUUCAGGCUGCGGCGAACAUGGGUGCAAACAGUGGCGAGGAUGCAAAGGGUGACGGACAGCAGGCAAAUCCAAUGGCAGCGAUGGGGGCCAUGAUGCAGAUGAUGGGAAUGAUGCAGAUGAUGGGAGGUGGCAUGCCAGGAAUGUGCGGGGGCAUGAUGAACCCCAUGAUGAAUCCCAUGAUGGGUGGGAUGGGGAAGGGGGCAUGCCCAGCUUGCCCCUCUGGUUGUGGAUGUGGUUGCUGCGGCGGUUGUCCUGGAUGCGGAUGCUGCCCCACUAGCUGUCCUGGUUGUGGAGGGUGUCCUGGUGGUUGCGGUGGCUGCCCUGCUUGCGGCGGAUGUGCAGCGGGCAGCUGUGGGGGUGGCGGCUGCCCGACAUCACCUGUUCCGACAGCAGAGGAAAACAGCGAGGCAACUGGGUGUGGCCCCGUGAAAAACGAGGGCGGUGGUGCGACGGA